AUGGGCAAUGCACUGGAACAUGUCAGAGAUUGUGGAAGUGAGGGUCACUUCAAAAGGGAUUGCCCGCAGCUAAACCAAAACGCUAACAAUAAUGGAAACAACAACACCAGGAAUUACAACAACAAUAAUAACAACGGUGGAAAUGGUGCUCGCAGGAGAGCAUUCACGAUUGGCGCGUGUGAUGCCAGGAUUGAUAACAACGUAGUGACCAAUAUGUUUUAUGUGAACAAUCUUUUCGCUUCUGUUUUAUCCUAUUCUGGUGUCGAUUGGAGCUAUGUGUUCUUGAAAUUCAGUAGACUGUUAGGAACGACUCCAACACCUCUUGAAACCAAGCACAUCGUAGAGUUGGCUGCUGGUCAACCAAUUGAAGCAUCCCAUGUUCAUGUUGGGUGCAAACACGAUCUUUUAGGUCAAGUGUUUGACAUUGAUCUCCUUCCUGUUACUCCUGGUAGCUUUGAUGUAGUCAUCAGUAGGGACUGCCUCAAACACCAAGCUGAAAUUCUCUGUAAGGAGAAAAUCGUUCAUAUCCUUCUCUCUGGUGGAGAUCUCCUGUCUGUUCAAAGUCAUAGGAGUGGUGCUAUGGGCCAUUCGACUAUUCUAGCUCUCGUUACCGACAAUCAACUCGAGGAAAAGGAGAACGAAGACAUUCCAGUCGUUCGUGACUUUUCUGAUGUCUUUCUCGAGGAACUUCCAGGACUACCUCCACAUCGACAAGUGGAAUUCCAGAUCGAACUUACACCUGAAGCAACUCCGAUUCCUCAUGCCCCUUAUCAUCUUGCACUGGGAGAGUUGCAAUAA